AGUACUGUGCGUUACAUCCGGGUCUUUGUUGGUUGGCAGCAGUGAAGAUGGCGGCGUCAGGGAGGAGUACAUUAUUAUCCUCCAACAACAGUGGACUAAACAGCACAGCCGAACAACCAAACACUGAAGACGAAGACGGACAGGAUUUAUGGUCUGCUAUUCUGAGCGAAGUAUCGACGCACUCCAGAUCUAAACUACCGUCCGGGAAAAAUGUGCUGGUCAUGGGGGAGGUGGGUUCAGGGAAGACCACCCUGGUUGCUAAACUACAGGGUGUGGAGGACUUCCUGAAGGGGCGUGGCCUGGAGUACCUCUAUUUUAGUGUCCAUGAUGACGACAUUGACGACCAAACCAGGUGUAAUGCCUGGGUGUUAGAUGGGGAUCUGUACCAUAAAGGUCUGCAGUCUGUUGCUGUGCAACGCGAGGCGCUUGGUGACUCGUUGCUAUUGGUUACUGUGGACCUGUCGCGGCCGUGGGUCGCCAUGGAAUCGCUUCAGAAGUGGGCGGCUGUCGCUAGGGAACAUAUCGACAAGCUCCGGGUCCCCCCGGAAACACUGAGGGAGCUGGAGAACAGAAUGGCCAGACAGUUCCAGGAGUAUGUGGAUCCUGGCUGGGAGGAGAGCGCCCCCCAGAGGAGGAGUGAGGAGGAGGAGAACGUUCUGCUGCCGCUCGGCGAAAACACACUCACACACAACCUGGGACUACCCAUGGUGGUGGUCUGCACUAAGUGCGAUGCCAUCAGUACGCUGGAGAAGGAGCAUGACUACAAAGACGAACACCUGGACUUCAUCCAGUCAUACAUCAGACGCUUCUGUCUACAGUAUGGGGCGUCUCUGCUGUAUACGUCGGUUAAGGAAAUGAAGAAUGUGGAUGUUCUGUAUAAAUACCUGGUUCACAGACUCUACGGUUUCCCCUUCCACUACCCUGCUCAACUGGUGGAGAAAGACACAGUCUUCAUUCCGUCAGGGUGGGACAAUGAAAAUAAGAUUUCUAUCCUCCAUGAGAACUUCCAAACGCUGAAACCAGACGACAUCUUUGAGGAGGUCAUUGUCAAACCGCCUGUCAGAAAGUUUGUUCAUGAGAAGGAGAUUCAGGCUGAAGAUGACCAGGUGUUUCUGCUCAAGCUGCAGUCGCUGCUCUCCAAACAGCCUCCUGCAUCUGCUGGGCGACCAGGGGAAUCCAGCAGUAGUAGAGGUCCCAGUGGUUCUCCCAGGACCAGUAAUCGUUCAGCUGCAGCCAACGUUGCUAACACCAUGCCCCAAUCAGCAGGUCAGACCAGUGAGGGGGUGCUGGCUAACUUCUUCAACAGUCUUCUGACCAAGAAGGCCGGAGCAUCGCCGCCGGGCAACAGCACACCAGGGACUGUUCGCAAGUCAGGUUCUAAGCUGGGUCUGAGUGAUGUCCAGGCAGAGUUGGACAGGAUCAGCUGCAGAGAGAAUGAUGAGACCAGCAACACUAACAACCCUAACCCCAGUACUGAGACCAACGAAGAACAGACAUGAACAGACCACCUCCCUCUUCCUCCCCCCUACCUCACCCCCCAGACCAGAC